AUGACUGAUCCCCAAGCUGGUGAUGAAGAGUUAAAUUUCGAUAUGAAUGAGGCAGAGAAUUUCAUAAUCGAAGAUAUGUCUCAUGAAAGAAUGGAUGAAGAUGUUUGCACUGAUAAUGAAGAUUUCGAUUGUGGUUUUGAUUUAGAGGAUAUUCUACGCCAUGUUGAACCAAAGGUGCUAACGGAUAGAUCACAAGGGUUGGAGAAUUGGCAGGCAUUGAAGAAGGCAGCGAAAGAUCUUCUCUAUGAGGAAACGAAGGGAUGUGAUAAGGAUUUCACAGUGUUGCGUUCAGUGCUUGAGCUUCUGAGAUUGAAAGCUAAACAUGGGUGGUCCGACACAAGUUUUAAUGAUCUGAUGAAUUCAUGCUUGCAAGAAUCAUUGCAUUCUAUAUCGCAAAGAAUAUGCAUACUUGGAAAGUUGCCCAACGUGUGGCACAAGUCGGAUCGCAUGAAGCGUUUGUACUCCAACCCAACUUGUGUUGAGUUGAUGAGAUGGCAUCAAGAGAGCCGGAAGACAGAUGGAAUUGACAUAGAUGUUUUUCUUGAGCCUCUGAUGGAGGACAUGGAGGAGCUUUGGAAAUAUGGGCUACGACUGUGGGAUGAGUUCAAGCAGGAGCACUUUACUCUACGUGCGAUCAUAUUCGUUACCAUCAAUGAUCUACCUGGAAAAUUUUCAUUAUCUAGGCAGAUUAAAGGAAAGACUGGAUGUCUCAUAUGUUUGGAUAAAACUUCGUACAAAUACCUUACGUCGUCUAUGAAGACAGUGUAUAUGCGACAUCGACGGUUCCUGCCACAAAAACACAAGUACCGUAAGAUGGAAAGAUUGUUCGAUAAUAUAGUGGAGAACGACACUGCUCUCGAAACACGAAGUGGUACAUACGUGUAUGAGAUAACAAAGAAGAUUAAGGUUGUAUAUGGCAAAGGAAAGAAGAAGACGGUUAAGAGAAAGAGAGAUGAUGGUGACAAAGAUACUACGUUGCCAUUCAAGAAGCACUCAAUUUUCUUCAGAUACUUAGAUUACUGGAAGGACCUAGAGAUUCGUCAUGCAAUUGAUGUUAUGAACCUUGAGAAGAAUGUGUUUGACAGCACCAUUGGCACCUUGCUAGACAUCCGAAGCAAGACGAACGAUGGACUGAAGUCAUGUAACGACCUUGCAGAUUUGGACAUAAGGCAUGACCUUCACCCACUAAUGCUACCAAAUGGAAAGAUUAAUAUUCCUCCUGCUUGUUACUCCUUGACACUGGAAGAGAAAAAAGCAUUCUUCGAGACUGUCUGCCAGGUUGAGAUGUAUUUCCCACCAUCAUAUUUAGAUAUAAUGGAGCAUUUGAUCGUUCACAUCGUUCCUCAGAUUAUUGAACUUGGUCCCUUAUACAUACAUCAGAUGUGGGCAUACGAGCAUUACAUGUCAAUCCUCAAAGGCUAUGUACGCAAUCGCGCUCACCCUGAAGGAUCAAUGAUAGAGGGAUACACAACUGAAGAGGCAGUUGAAUGUUGUAUGGAUUAUGUUAAGGAUGCUAAUGCCAUUGGGAUUCCUACAAAUCGACAUGAAGGGAGAUUGUCUGGAAGGGGUACUGUUGAUAGGAAGCAAUUCUUCGAUAAUGAUUACCAAAAGAGAUUGGUAUGUGGGCCUUCGAGUAUUGUCAACUCAUGGAAAGGUUAUGACAUCAAUGGAUUUACCCUGUAUACGAGUACGAAGGACAUGAAAAGCACAACACAAAACAUUGGGGUUCGUGUCGAAGCGAUUGACACGAAUGGUGAGAAGAAGUCGUAUUACGGGACCAUACAGGAAAUAUGGGAACUCGACUAUGGCCUGAACAUCCAGAUCCCCGUGCUCUGUUGUCAAUGGUUUAAGGACACAACAGGGGUUUCCGUUGAUGACUAUGGACUAACGAUAGUUGAUGACAGUAAAACUGGUCAUAAGGAUGAUCCAUGGGUUUUAGCAGAGCAUGUGGCUCAAGUUUUUUAUGUGAAAGACCCUUCGAAUGAAAGAAAAACUAUUGUCGUAUCCGGAAAACAACAGAUUGUCGGCAUCGACAAUAUUGAAGACCCUAAUGAUUACAACCAGUUCGACGAUGUACCAUUGUUUACCGCUAUUCCUAUGCGAAUUAAGAAGGUUGAGAAAACAAUCUAUGAAGCGAAUAUGUCGCACGUUCGAUCAGAUGGUGCUGCCAAGAUAAUUAAGUCAUAG